CAGUUCAAGUGUGUCUAUCAGUGGGCCGGGUGAGUAGAACAGUGAUUGUAUGAUCAAACUGAGAUAAUAUGGGAGGCGUUGCCUGGACCGAAGAAGAGGAUCACUUGCUCAAGAAAUGUAUAGAGCAGUAUGGAGAAGGGAAGUGGCAUCGUGUACCUCUUUUGGCUGGUCUCAACCGGUGCCGUAAAAGCUGCCGGCUGAGAUGGUUAAACUAUCUACGCCCAAACAUCAAAAGAGGGAGUUUUGCAAAAGAGGAAGUGCAGCUCAUCAUCAAGCUCCACAGGCUUCUAGGAAACAGGUGGUCACUGAUUGCUGGAAGACUCCCAGGAAGAACAGCAAAUGAUGUAAAGAAUUACUGGAAUUGCCACCUGAGUAAAAAGCUCAAUAUUGGUCAAGAAACUGAAGAGAAAGAAAAUGCAAUAAAUGCGGAAAUCAGACCCCAGCCAGGAGGUAAUGCGACAACAGGCUCAGUGAAACCAAGGAGCCAGGAUAUUGUUCCAAAUAGCCAGCCAACAAUAGAAGAAAGCAGCAUGUCGACGCCUUUUCACUUUGUUGAAGUUGCUCAACAAGGCCAGGAGCUUGUGAAAGAAGAAGACAGCAGCCUAGGCGUGGAGGAGCCUGGAAUUCUUGGUGAUAUGCGAACGGAUAUUGGCCAGUUUCAUGAACUUAAUAUAUUGAGUACUGAUGAAGGCUGCGGCAAAUGGGAUUGGGAUGAUUUGGUCUUAGACAUGGAUUUAUGGACUGACUCAAUGUGAAUGUGAUUUUCUUAAUUAGUGGUAAUCAAUAAGCAGUUAAGUUAAGAUAACAUCAGAAUUGUUAAAUUCUUAUUGCCUCAAUAUAAGUACGGGGUGUUAUAUUUGGCUUGGAAGGACUUAGCUGCAUGUAUAUUAGAAAAAUAAAUAAAUAAAAAAGAGUGCAUCUAUCGAAUUGCCUUGCCUUUCAAAA